AUGGCAUCACUAUUAUCAAACGCAAGAAUGAUAAGUGCAAGAAAUGAAGUGUAUGUGGCAGCAAUGCCUCUAAGGGCUACAAAGGGUCCACCCCAAUUGCUUAUGUCUGCUGCUUACUCCCUUAAUGUAUGGAAUCUUCAACAUUUCAUGGUCAUCAUCAAACCUUCAUCCUCUUCACAGGUUCUGGUUUUUGAUUUUCAACCAAAAGAUCCUGAAAAUAUAUAUGUGGCCCUAUCAGCUUUAUUUGGAAGAGCUGUGCCAGGAGCUGUUCUUGUGAGGAAAUUAAAUAAGCUGCCGCGACGCAAAUGCUGGUUGGUUGGAUAUGCAGAAACAGAUGCUGUGGAAAUGGCAAAUGAAUUCAACAGAAAAUAUGAAACAGAUUUGAGAAUCGGUCUUAAUGAUUGUCGCGACUAUACAAAUGGUUUGGUCAGGGAACUCACUGGCGAAAAAGAUGUGCUGAAACGUUUGAGAAACGUUGGAAGAUAG